GUUAUCGCCGGCUCUUAUUGUAUGCGCAGGACUCGCACCUGUCAGUGUUGGGAAGGGAGUCAUAAUAGGGUGACGUCAUUUCUCCUCGCCGGAAGAGAAGGUUGGUGUGCUUUCUGUCAGAGGAAGAGAAAGUAUCUUAAAAUACUAUGGCAGAGAAGUGGAGCAGUGGACACUCUUCUUCAAUACUAUGUUUGAAUGUGAGCAAAGAUGGCCUCUUGGCAUCCGGAGCAGAAGGAGGGGAACUUACAAUCUGGAAUGAGGAAGGGAGACCAUUAGAACAUGCACAGCUCCAUAAAACAGAUGACAUCACCAGCGUAGUGUUUUCUCCCACCUUUCCAAAGAGACUGUAUGCAUCUCAUGGGGAGACUGUUAGCGUCUUGGAUACCAGAUGUCUCAAGGAACCAGUAGAACAUUUCCAUGUAAAUGAGGAAGAGAUCAAUUGUCUCUCAGUAAAUGAAACAGACAGUUUCUUAGCUGCUGCAGAUGAUUCUGGAGCAAUAAAGAUAAUUGACUUGGAAAGCAAGAAGUUAAGUCGAUGCCUGAGAAGACAUUCAAAUAUUUGUUCAUCUGCAGUGUUUCGACCUCAGAGGCCUCAAAGCCUUCUUUCAUGUGGCAUGGAUAUGAAGGUCAUGAUGUGGAACUUGCAGAAAGCUCGCCCACUGUGGGUUGUGAACUUGCAAGAAGAGGCAGCAGAUGAGCAGUCGGCUGGCCAGCUCUUUAACCCACCCCUGGUCCAUUCUCUAUCAGUGUCUAUUUGUGGCAAUAUUUUUGGUUGUGGAGCUGAAGAUGGAAAAAUCAGAAUCUUCCGGGUAGUUGGUUCUAAGUUUGAACAGGAAAUGGCAUUUAAGGGCCACUCCUUAGGAGUGUCACAGGUUUACUUUUUACCAGAAUCCUACCAGUUCAUUACAGGAGGAAAUGACGGCAAAGUUUUAUUGUGGGACAUCAGCAAUGAAGUAAGAAAGCUGAAGAGUCCAGUCAAGUCCAUCCCCAGAAGGAAGACUAAGAUGUCAAAUACCAAGACAGUUGAUAAAUCAGACACAGAGCUUACAAGUGGCUCUGUGGGUUUUUCACCCAAACUAACCAUUGAGCAUGGAGAGAAAGUGAACUGGAUUUCAUUCACAGAGAUUAAAGGUUCUAGGAGAGUAUUGGUUGCCGAUCAGUCUAGCAGUAUAUCUGUCUAUCCUAUUACUGAGUCUUAAACAUAUCUAACUAGAUAACUGACUCCUUGGUAUACAGGGAUUACCUGUUUAGGACUUUUUUUGGAAGCACCAUCUUUAUUACCUCAAAUAAAUAAUUUAAAAUAGUUGAUAAACCCAAUUCAUUCUAUCGGUAAUGGGAUUCCUUGGGUUAAACCUGGUAUGAUUGUACUGGCGAACUGGCAGUACAAACUUUUGGUUAUAAAUAUAUGUAAAUAUCUUUGCCUUGAUAAAAAAGAAGACAAAGCCUGCACAUCUUUGCACCCAUUGUAAGCCUGAAAACCUUUCAUAUACCUAUGCCUAAAGUGGCUGACUUCCACAGAAAUCAUUCUAUUUUUCUUAGAUACUAUCUGCCUUUCUAAUGUCCAGAGCUUGAACAAAACUUAUACAGAUUGCAUCCACGUGUAGAUUGUUUCCUCAGUGUGUACUGGAAAUAAAACUAUUCUAAGUUCCUAAAUAA